AUGCCACGAAAGAAAGUGGGUUCUUUGAAGAGGAAAUGCCCCCAGCGCAUCGCACCUGACGCCAUGGACCUUUCGAACGAAGAUGAAGAACAUCAGGGUAAAGAUGUCAACAGUGACCUUUCUAUUGAUGCAGUGGCACCUCCAGAAGCAGGGCAAUUUGGUGAGUCUUCCUCCUUGGAAGAAAAAGACAAGCUGAAGGUCAUGGCCCAAGAAAUAAAGGCACUUGAAGAGGAACGAGAUUUUCUCCGUCAGGCUGUCCUAAAACUCUCAAAGAGAGGAACAAAAAAGGAAGCAAAGAAAUACUUGGACACAAGCACCGAUUGCACCACCAGUGAAACUGAUGAGGAGUCCCUGAGUUCUUCCUCUUCAGAUUCAUCUAAUAGUGACAUUCCUCGGAAGAGGAGAAGAGGUCAUAAAAAGAAGACAAAGCGGGCUAGCAAGCCAAAAUCUACCAAGCACAGCUCACGUGCAACAACCCCAGAUGAUGUACUCAAGCGGUACAAUAGAGUUUUUCAUGCCUUCAAGAAAGAAGGGAGCAUCAGUAAGGCAUGCACCAAAGUUGGAGUUGACCGAAAUACACUUGCAUUAACAGCUGUUCUUGCUGAAAUACAGCUUGUUGAUCCAGAGUUUUAUCGAAGCAUCCCGAAAUUUAAAGCCAAGGAGGAGAAACUCUGCGACUUUGCAAAACGGUGCCUGCAGUCACUGACAGCAGACCUGAGGUCUACCAUAGAAAAUGCCAAAAGAGAGCCUAAACUGCUGCCGAUAACAUAUAAGUUGAGAUAA